GAUUUAUGAACAUUUCCUUGAUAUUUGUAAACGGGAUAUGGAUGAGCAUAUUUCCUCGAUGCCACGGAUGUUUCGUUGGACGGCAAAACAAACAUCUGGGAAUGUGGCAUAUUACAGGGCAAAGUUGGAUGCUUUGAGGGAUACGGAUAUUAUCUGGGCACCAGAUUACGAUCAGAACGCUGUGACACGAUUUCAGUCUGUGUCAUUAUUUACAGGAUACAUUCGUUGGUGUUUCACGAUGGUUCCGUAUUUACCUGAGAGGUGCAUACGGCAGUUUGGGUAUACUCAACACAUUCCUCCUACACCACCGAUGCUUGUUGCACGUGAUGUCGACGUUGAAUGGAGUAUGUACCGGAAUUCUGUACGAUCACUUCGAGCUAGAUUGCAUCCAGCUGCAUAUCCACAUGAGUGUGUUGAGGGAUACAUCCAGUGGUAUUAUAGGAUAUCUCAUCCUCGGAUGAUCCCUUAUGUUGCUGCAUAUGCUGGUCCUAGUUAUGAUGCUGAUGCUGGUCCUAGUCAUGAUGCUGAUGCUGGUCCUAGUCAUGAUGCUGGUCCCGAUACUAGUUGUACACGGUGUCACGCAGUUGGUGGUCUUAUACAGCAGAGUUUAGAUUUGCAUAUGGGUGGUCCUGAAGAUGAGAUGCGUGUCUUAUUGGAGAGAGCUUUAUAUAUUUCUAGAGGAGGAGAUUAUCAGUAGUAUCAUAGUUGUAUUAUUCAGACUUAUUUUAUUAUUCGUGGGUUAUUUGUUAUUCAGACUUAUUGUAUUAGCGACUUAUUCAGACUUAUUUAUUAGCGAUUUAUAUA